UCUUAUGCAUAGGUCAUAAAUUUGCGAUAUUGAGAAACCCUAAGAUCCUUUUACUAGCAGGCAGCCGCGUCCUUGCUCUGUAAAGCUUACUUCCCCUCCGAGUCCGACGGCGGCAAUCCCUUAUCCUUUCCCAGAUCCACACCCCUCCGCAAUUUCAGCCAAUUUCGCUCUGAUCAGCAGUUUUAGAUGUCAGACGGCCAAGAGACUGACAAGAACAUUGAAAUAUGGAAAAUCAAGAAGUUAAUUAAAGCCUUGGAAGCUGCCAGGGGAAAUGGAACAAGCAUGAUCUCUCUCAUCAUGCCUCCAAAAGAUCAAGUAGCUAGGGUUACUAAGAUGUUGGGAGAUGAAUACGGUACAGCUUCGAACAUCAAGAGUAGGGUGAACCGUCAAUCUGUGCUGGCAGCUAUUACAUCUGCCCAACAGCGCUUGAAGCUGUAUAAUAAGGUACCUCCUAAUGGAUUGGUUCUUUACACUGGAACAAUUGUGACCGAGGAUGGCAAGGAAAAGAAAGUAACUAUUGAUUUUGAGCCAUUCAGACCAAUAAAUGCUUCUCUCUAUUUGUGUGACAACAAGUUUCAUACCGAGGCACUAAAUGAACUUCUGGAAUCUGAUGACAAGUUUGGCUUCAUUGUCAUGGAUGGUAAUGGGACCUUGUUUGGGACUCUGAGUGGGAACACCAGGGAGGUGCUUCAUAAAUUUACAGUCGAUCUUCCAAAGAAACACGGUAGAGGAGGGCAAUCUGCUCUACGUUUUGCUCGUCUUCGUAUGGAGAAGAGGCAUAAUUAUGUGAGGAAGACUGCAGAACUUGCCACUCAGUUUUUCAUUAAUCCAGCUACAAGUCAGCCUAAUGUUUCAGGGCUUAUACUUGCUGGAUCAGCCGACUUCAAAACCGAGCUCAGUCAGUCCGACAUGUUUGAUCCUCGUCUUCAGGCGAAGAUACUGAAUGUUGUGGAUGUUUCAUAUGGUGGUGAGAAUGGUUUUAACCAAGCAAUAGAGCUGUCUGCUGAAAUUCUUGCCAACGUGAAGUUUAUUCAGGAGAAGAAGUUGAUAGGAAAGUAUUUCGAGGAGAUUAGUCAGGACACUGGUAAGUAUGUCUUUGGUGUUGAGGACACGCUCAAAGCUUUGGAAAUGGGGGCCGUCGAGAUACUUAUUGUCUGGGAGAAUCUCGAUAUCAACAGAUACGUGCUGAAAAACGGGUCAACGGGUGAAAUUCUGAUAAAACAUUUGAACAAAGAGCAAGAGACUGACCAGAGCCAAUUCCGAGAUGCAGACACCGCUGCUGAACUGGAGGUGCAGGAAAAAAUGUCAUUGUUGGAAUGGUUUGCUAAUGGGUACAAAAAUUUUGGUUGUUCCCUUGAAUUUGUCACAAAUAAAUCGCAAGAAGGAUCACAGUUUUGCAGGGGAUUCGGUGGCAUCGGAGGAAUUCUUCGUUAUCAACUUGAUAUAAGAUCCUUUGAUGAGCUUUCUGAUGACGGGGAAAAUUAUGAUUAUUCUGACUAGAUCAAUCAUCAGUUUUCCCAUGCCCAACAACUCGACGUGAUGCGACUUCAAGCUAUUUCAUACCUAUUGUUGCCCAACGUCUUGCAGACGAUUCAGACUUGAACAUCGUCAAAUUGCUGCCCAAAUCGGUCCACUUUUACCGAGUUCUUUUAGGUUUAAUUAUUCGACUUCAAGCUAUUUCAUACCUAUUGUGUGUAAUACCUUUCUUGAGUUUUGACCAUACCUGAAGUGGUUGUUUUGAUUAAGCUGUUACAGAACAUAUUGUUGGCGUAGUGUAGAUUGCAGAGUUUUCAUGAAUUGAUAGUGUAAAGAUAUCUUCUUUAA